AUGAUCAAUAAAUUGGCGAAUUCUUAUGGCGAUUUAAGUAUAAAACAAGUCAAUUCUCUAGCAAUCUCAACCCAACGAGGCACCUUUAUAACAUGGCGAAAAGAUACUGGCGUACCCUUACAUAAUUUCAUAACAUGGAAAGAUCUUAGGGCAGCUGAACUUAUAAAACAAAUAAAUGGAUCAUGGAAAAUGAUGGCACUACGUACUGGCUCUUUUCUGCUACACUUUCUGACCCGAAUAACCAAAUUAGCUGUUUUAAGCCAUUUGAAAUUUGCUAGCAGUCACGUCACAAUCCGUCUUUUAUGGUUUCUUCAAAACCACCCAGAAGUCCAGAAGGCCCUCCAAGAACAGAACUUAAUGUUCGGCACUCUCGACACAUGGCUGAUUUAUAAGCUAACUAAAGGCAAAUUUUAUGUAACUGAUAUUUCAAAUGCCAGCGCCACGGGGAUGUUUGAUCCUUUUAGUUUAUGCUGGAGCUUCCUUCCGAAAAUCUUUAAGAUUCCUAUAGAUAUUUUCCCGAUGGUUGUAGAUAAUAGUUAUGAUUUUGGAGAAGUUACAAAAGACAUUUUUGGGGAAGGCAUAAAAAUUGGAGCUGUUAUGUCUGACCAAUCAGCCUCAAUGUACGGUUCAUGUUGCUUCAACAAAAACGACAUAAAAGUAACUCUAGGAACGGGGGCGUUUUUAAACCUAAAUACAGCUGAACGUAUCCAAGGAGUAUCUCAUGGAAUGUACCCAUUAGUUGGGUGGAAAAAUGAAAAUGAGGUGGUUUAUUUGGCUGAAGUUGCUUGUUCGGAUGCUGGGUCUUUAAUGCAAUGGAUGUUAGCGAUAGGCCUAAUUUCAAAUUCUGAAGAAUCUAGCUACAUAGCCAAUAGCGUGAAAGAUAAUGGAGGUGUAUAUUUUAUACCAGCUUUCAGUGGAUUAGGACCACCAAUAAAUAACGAAUCUGCGGCCACUGGAUUUAUUGGAAUCAAACCCACUACAAAUAAGGCCCAUAUGAUUAGAGCAGUAUUGGAAAGUAUAGCGUAUAAGAUUGCUAUGGCUUAUGAUUUAUUGAAUAGCGAAUGCCCUACUACGUCGUUGAUGUAUAUCAAAGCUGAUGGUGGAGUCUCUAAAAACGACUUCAUUUGCCAAUUAUUAGCAAAUUUGACUAACCUAAACGUAAAACGGUCAAAAUUUGAAAUGGCCACUCUUGGUGUGGCGUAUUUUGCCGGUCAAUCGUGCGGUUUUUGGAAGUCCAAAGAAGACAUUUUGAAGAUCGAUAGGGUGGAAGAUGUUUUCAAGCCAACAGAAAAUCAAACUUUGGCUAAGGAAUUACGAGACAAUUUGGAAAACUGGCAACGAGCUGCUGAUAGGUUUACUUCUUGGUAUAAAUAAUGAAUAUAUAUAAUAUUGUCCCAAUUUAUUAAAGUAUUUUUGGAGGAAGA